AUGGAGCACCUGGGUCCUCACCAUCUCCACCCGGGCCACGCGGAGCCCAUCAGCUUUGGCAUCGACCAGAUCCUCAACAGCCCAGACCAGGGCGGCUGCAUGGGGCCCUCCUCGCGCCUCCAGGACGGAGAAUACGGCCUUGGUUGUUUGGUUGGAGGCGCCUAUCCUUACGGCGGCGGGGGCCCCGCAGCCGGGCCGGGGGCCGGGGGCGCGGGGGCCUAUAGCGCUGGAGGCCCGAGUGGCCCCGGUGGCCCGGCGGGCGGCGGCGGCGGCGCCUGCAGCAUGGGCCCGCUGGCCGGCUCCUACAACGUGAACAUGGCCUUGGCGGGCGGCCCCGGUCCCGGUGGCGGCGGCGGCGGCGGCGGUGGGGGUGGCGGCGGCGGCGGGGGCGCGCUGAGUGCUGCGGGGGUGAUCCGAGUGCCUGCGCACAGGCCGCUAGCUGGAACGGUGGCCCAUCCUCAACCUCUGGCUACCGGUUUACCCACCGUGCCCUCCGUGCCUGCCGUGCCGGGCGUCAACAACCUCACCGGCCUCACCUUCCCCUGGAUGGAGAGUAACCGCAGAUACACAAAGGACAGGUUCACAGUGGCCCUCUCACCCUUCACUGUAACACGCCGUAUAGGUCACCCCUAUCAGAAUCGGACGCCCCCCAAGAAGAAGAAGCCGCGCACGUCCUUCACGCGCCUGCAGAUCUGCGAGCUGGAGAAGCGCUUCCACCGCCAGAAGUACCUGGCCUCGGCCGAGCGCGCCGCCCUGGCCAAGGCGCUCAAAAUGACCGACGCGCAAGUCAAAACCUGGUUCCAGAACCGGCGGACAAAGUGGAGGCGGCAGACCGCGGAGGAGCGUGAGGCCGAGAGGCAGCAGGCAAACCGCAUCCUCCUGCAGCUGCAGCAGGAGGCCUUCCAGAAGAGCCUGGCUCAGCCGCUGCCCGCGGACCCGCUGUGCGUGCACAACUCCUCGCUCUUCGCCCUGCAGAACCUGCAGCCGUGGUCUGACGACUCGACCAAGAUCACCAGCGUCACUUCCGUGGCGUCGGCCUGCGAAUGA